AUGAAUAAUAUUCUCGGUCUUGUUGUACCAUUGCCAGAAAUCGAAAUAUUGCUAGGUAGACUACGUCAGGAAAAAAAAUCGCGAAAUGAAGAAUAUUUUGAAAUAACUACUCCGUCCUAUACACAACCAUAUAACAAUAUUCCUCUUUCAAAAAGGAUAUUGUUUACAAUUUGGUUGCUGAGUAAGCAAGAGUCAUUUCUCGCAGUUGGUGAUCGAUUUGGUAUACCAACAAGUUCCGGACAUGGUAUUUUUAAAUACAUUGUUAAUGCUUUUGUAGAAUUAUUGUAAAUGCCACAAUAUGUAAAAUGGCCAAACAUUGAACAUCAAGCUACAUCGUCGCAAAUAUUUGAAGAACGUUCUCAUGGCAUAAGUAACGUUAUUGGGGCCAUUGAUGGAUGCCAUAUCCCGAUAAAGCAACCAGUUAGAAAUGCAACUGAUUUUUUUAACAGAAAACAAUUUCAUUCGAUUAUAUUACAAGGAGUUUGUGAUCAUUCCAAACGAUUUAUUGAUAUUUUUAUUGGAAUGCCGGGAAGAAUGCACGAUGCCUGUGUAUUCAGAAAUAGUCUACUUUUUCAGAAGUUGACAGAUCAACAAGAUCCACUUCUUCAGCGCAAUCAACAUUUGAUUGGAGAUUGUGCCUACCCUUUGAUGGUCAAUCUAAUGACUCCAUUUCGGGAUAAUGGACACCUUUUCCUAUCUCAAGUGUGCUACAAUAUGAAAUUAAGUAAAAUUCGUUCAAUUAUUGAACGAACAUUUGCACUCUUGAAAGGAAAAUUCCGACGUCUCAAAUAUUUAGAUAUAGCCGAUACAGAAUUCGGUAAUAAUAUAAUAGCCGCUACAUGUAUGCUUCAUAAUUUUAUAAUUGACAAUGGAGAUGUAUACGACGAUAUAGAUGAGGAGGAUGAUGAUGUUUCUACAGUUCAUGCCCAUACAUUAGAAACAACUGAACAUCUAUCUGUGGCUCGGGAAGCAGUUGAAAAAAGAAAUUAUAUUGUAAAUAAUUUAUAA